AUGACUAAAAACAUAAACACUAUAAAAAUACAAUCACCACCACCAUAUUUAUCGAUUAUACACAAAAACAGUCCAAACAAAGAUGCUAAUACCACCAUUACCUCAAAACAUGCACCUACAGUUCUAACAAUUGCUGGAUCAGAUAGUUCCGGUGGUGCAGGUAUCGAAGCGGAUUUAAAAACAAUAACCUGCAACAAAUGUUACGGGUGUACCUGUAUUACAGCACUUACAGCACAAAAUCCCCACGGUGUGAUCGAUCACCUUGCAAUUCCCCAAAAAAUUGUAGCAAAUUGUUUGAAAGCUAAUUUUAAAGAUUUACAAAUCGAUUGCGUUAAAACUGGGAUGCUAACUUUCGAAGCCAUCAAUGCGAUAUACGAAGAGUUGCUCAAUAAUGAUAGAUAUAAUGACCUCAAGUUUAUUGUUGAUCCCGUUUUCGUUGCCACUUCCGGUUUCCAAUUGACUUUGGAUAACCCUAAGAGCGAAUUAAUUAAACAUUUAUGUGAGAAAAUAUUUCCACAUGCCUUAUUGAUAACCCCUAAUUUGGAAGAAUCUAUUGAUAUUUUGGAAUAUUUUAAAGAAGCUACUGGCAACAACAAUACUUUUAGUAUCGAGGAUAUUGACUCUGUUGAUGAUUUGAUUUCUAUUGCCAUUGAGUUACAUAAAAAAGUUAAAACCCCUAACGUACUAGUUAAAGGAGGCCAUUGUCCAUGGACCACCAGCAAUAGCAAAAAUAUUACAGAUGUUUUAUAUCUAUCAAAGGAAAAUAAAAUUAUCGUAUAUGAAUCUCAAUAUAUCAACACUAAAAGCACCCAUGGAACUGGAUGUACUUUAAGUAGUUGCAUUGCCUCAAAUUUAGCUCAGGGGUAUGAUUUGGUCAAUAGUUGUUUUGGUGCUAUUGAAUAUGUUUCCAAUUGUAUAUUUAUGGGCCAAGCAAACUACACACCUUGCAAAAAAGUCGAUAUUAAUGGGAUUGACAAUGGGCCAAUUAACCAUUGCUGGAAUAUUAGUAAAUCCCCUAUACAAAGAAUGUUUGAUGACACAUUGUACUCAAACCCACCCAUGGUUGUCACUAAUAUUAGCAACACUGACAAACUUUACGACACCGAAAAAUCAUUUUAUGAAUAUUUGAUUACUCAUCCUGAAAUUGCACCACACUGGGAAAGUUACACAAAACAUCCAUUUGUUGAUAAACUGAGUAGAAAUGAAUUGCCUUUGCAUCAAUUUGAAUUUUAUAUUUCCCAAGAUUAUAAUUAUUUGGUUGGAUAUGCCAAGAUACAUUCUUUGUUGGCAGCUAAAAUCCCUGGAUAUGAUGGAUUAUUACAACAGCUGGAUUCUGUCAAUAACAUUGGUGCUGAAAUUAGUAGACAUAUUGAGAAGAUAUGUGCUACUACCAAUUGCAACGAUACUUCAAAAACUAUUGCUUAUUUGGAAAAAGCCCCACACAGAUUGGCUUUAAAAAAUUAUCAUAGAAUAUUUAAAGAUAUUGCUGAUAAUAAUGGUACCCACCUUGAAUUAAUUAUUGCUGUUGCACCUUGUUUGCACGGCUAUGGUGUAGCUUCUUUGAAUUUUAUUAAAAAUUUGGAUUCAAAUGCUGAUAAUAGUAAUCCAACCAGUAAAAUUUAUCGUGAUUGGCUGAUGGAUUAUUCCAACGAUAAUUAUACUAAGGCAAUGGAAGAAGGUGUUAAAUUAUUAGAUAAAGUCGGUGAGUAUAUUAAUUACACCGGGGAUUCCAGUAGAUUGGAAAACUUGAUUCAAAUCUUUAAAGAAGUUGUUAUUUUAGAAACCAAAUUUUGGGAUGAAGCUUUAAAGACUGAUGAGGAGUGGUAUUAUAAAUAG